GUACGUAGGCGCUUUCGAGUUGAUGCAAAUUGGCGAAUGCUUCUUGGUCGUUCUCUGUGCCGUCUCAUCGUCCGACCCCUUCACCUUGCUGCUUCCUUCAUGAGUGCCACCGACAAUAACGCAGUGCCAAUGCUGCUUCUUUCUACCUCGGGUGUACCUGCUUCAAUCCAGUCGUGGGCGAUGUCUUCCCAUGUUCAACUUCCGUCGUCGUCGAACAAUGAUGCCAUCCUGCCACUGACCAAGUUGCGCACCCAACACCUUGGCCGGCACGUCUUGUACGGUGAAAGUCUGCCGUCGACUCAAACCUUGUUGCAACGUGUGUCGCUCGAACUGCGAUCCGCUGAUGUGCAGCCCGACUUUCGUUUGGUGUGUUGGACACCGUCGCAACAUGGUGGUAAAGGUCGUGGUUCUAACACGUGGGUGUCCCCUCAAGGUUGCUUGACUUUUUCCUUCCAGAGCUCUCUCAGCGAUGGCACGAGUUUGCCGUUUGCCCAAUAUCUCGUCUCCCUUGCCCUGGUGCGCACCGUCAAGUCGUUUGCCGCAGCAACUCCAACGAGCGUGUACAUUAAGUGGCCAAAUGACCUGUAUGCGAACAACCUCAAGCUUGGUGGAAUUUUGUGCCAGUCCGAGUACUUCCAAGGCCAAUUCCACGUUACGACAGGGAUCGGCAUCAACGUCAGCAACAACAACCCAACAAUCUGCUUGAACCAACUGCUGCCGUCCCCUAUCACGAAGGAAGCGUUUCUGGUUGAGUUUUGCAACGUGUUCGAGCCGAUGGAGGAGCAGUUCAAGGCCCAAGGGUUCGCUCCGUUUGUCGAAGAGUACACGGCCAAUUGGCUGCACACAAACCAAGUAGUACAGGUCCAGGGCGACAAACCUGGCGAGCCAGCCAUGAAGGCCACCAUCCAAGGCCUGACGGACACUGGGUGUCUCUUGGCGACAAGCGACAGCGGCCAAAAGUACGAGCUGUACCCCGACGGCAACUCGUUUGAUUUUUUUGCUGGGCUACUGAAGCGAAAACUCUAAUUUUGCUCAAAACUCUGAGCCCAGACGCUUGCAAUUGUAUGGGAAAAGCGAAAAUUGGAUCAAAACACCAACUGUUUGCUGAAAACCAAGUUGACCUAAUUGCAGUGGCGAUCACCCUUUCGCUUGCUGCGAAUGUCGAGAAGCUCCUCCCGUGACCGGUUCGCGUCAGCCGUCUACAUGACCAGCGCCAUGAAACCUUUGUGUUCCAUGGACGGGUGGGUGCAAAUACCUCCUUGAUGAUUGCGUAGCCGCCGUAUACGCCGGCCUUCUUGACGCGGUAAGUGAACUCAGUGCCGGCAGUGGUGCCGCCUGCGUACGUGCCAAACGCCGAUGCCUCUUCAUCGUUCUUCUUGCUUCGUUUCUUCGACUAUGUACGCAAGAUUGAUGUCAAUUUUCGAUGAGAAUAUCAUCAGGACAACAUACCUC